AAUGAAAUAGAUUUUGAUAUUGCAAAGAUAAAUAUAACAAGAUCAUCUUCAGUAAAAAAUAAUUCACUGUCUCAAAAAUGUAAUAAUAAUUCUGAACAAAGUGAUAAUAUUGAUCAAGACAUCAAGGAAGAAAUUAAUAUUGAUAAGAAAACUAAUGAAGAUUAUAAUAAAAUUAUACCAUCUUUAUCAAAUAUUAAUAAUUUGGAUAUUUUUCUAAAACCAUCAUAUAACUCAGUACAACUUUUAUACAAUCCUUUACUUUUGACAAAAAAUUAUAUAACACAAUAG